AUGAAGGAUCAUCUGAGGGAUGUUAUUGAGCAGCGUACUUGGCAAUUAUGCAAGGAACCCGUUACCUUCCAGGAAGGUAGCGAGCUAACAAAUGAGAUCAAAGACAUGAAGAGGAGGAUUCAAAGGCUCAGGAGUAUUCUUUAUGACUCCGAAGCUGAAGAGUCCAUCGACAGCGAUACACUCGAAGGUCAUCUCGAUGAAUCCGAAGAUGAGAACCACAUGGAUACCGUUGCUCUCGGCAGCAAGCCUGGCGACUUGGAGCAUGAAGAAGCUAUCCUCAUCGAAAACCUUAGUGGCAAGCCUGCUGAUACUGAGGCUGAGGAAGCAGGUCGUUCAAGCUUUCUCGAAAAUAAGCUUCACGACAUCGAAGUUCAAGAUCCAGCAUGCAGCGAGAUCCUCAGCGGCAAACCCGAUGGUCUCGAGGCUGAGAUGUCAGCCUCAAUAGGUGUCCUCGAACGGAGGCCGAGCGACCUCGAGGCUAUACAGCCCGUGCACGCUGAUAACUUUGGAAUUCUAUCUGAGGCAUCGGAAUUCGCACAUUCAACGCGUACUGACAGCUUCGAGUACCUCAAGUGUAUCAAGCACGUCGGGCGAGUCUGA